GGGGUUUAUCCUGGGACAUUUCACUGUCGUGGUGGACUCGCACCACUUGAAUCAUCUUUCCGGAGAUUGACAAUCGGUUGUUGCACCCACAGAGGAGAAAUUGGCCCUAUCCAAACAUGCCCUCGAGUUACAAUGCGAGAUCCAGGGCGCGGGAGAGAAACAGCGUCCUGAGCAGACCUGAGUUCAUGUCCCUGAACCAGCCCCUCCGCGGCGGCGGCGGCGGCGGCGGCGGUACCAGUGGCGGCGGCGGCGGCGGCGGCGGCGCUGGGCCGUCCGGAAGCCGAGGCAGCGCAAGGAGACCUGGUCAAAUAAAGCACCAAACGAGCCAGCCAAGCGAGGAGCCGACCGACAGCGGCAGCAAGGACAAGAGGGAGCCCGGCAGACUGCCAGAGGAAGACUGUAUGCAGCUGAACCCUUCAUUCAAGGGAAUAGCGAUGAACUCCCUCCUCGCAAUUGACAUCUGUCUGUCCAAGCGCAUGGGGGUGUGCGCGUACACGUCGUCCUCCUGGGGAGGCUGCCGCUCCAUGGUCACCCUGUUAGCGCUUACGGGACACGGCAUCACGUGGAUCAUUGGUACUAUUGUGUGUCUCACGAGGAGUAACACUCUGGCAGGGCAAGAAGUCCUGGUGAACCUGCUGCUUGCCCUCAUUCUUGAUGUCAUGACUGUGGCCGGAGUCCAGAGGCUGGUGAAGCGCAGGGGACCCUGGGAGAUGACGCCAGGCUUCCUGGACUGCAUCGCCAUGGACAUCUACUCCUUCCCCGCCGCCCAUGCCAGCCGAGCCGCCAUGGUCUCCAAGUUUCUGCUGUCCCACCUGGUCUUAGCUGUGCCACUUCGCAUCCUGUUGGUGCUGUGGGCCUUCUUGGUGGGCGUGUCCCGCGUGCUGCUGGGCAAACACCACCUAACUGAUAUGGUGUGUGGCUUUGCGCUGGGCAUGCUCCACUUCAGCUUGAUGGAGACGGUGUGGCUUUCAUCAAGCACCUGUCAGACUAUUAUUUCCAUAAGCACGCUCAGCUGGAGCCCUUUUUUCUGAGCUUUUGAUAUACGGCUAUGCUAGCACACAAGGCUUGUUUGAUACACUAACCUCGCAAUGACUGGGUCUUGUGAAGUUAUUUUUGCAAGGGUCUGAAGUUCUUAUCGCAGGGUUCGAACCGAGAAGCAUUUAUAUUCGAAAUCAGAUGCUGGCUUGCAUGUAACGCCCAAAACAGGCAGGUCACAGUACCUUACAAAACCUUCAUAAUGCUUCACCAAUCCUUGCAUCUUCAGUCAAAUCUAUUAACACACACCUCUGUUCCUCCUUAAUUUCAAUUAAGUCCUACUAAUAAAGGGAAAAACCAAGACAACAUACAAACUGACAAUGAUCUGGUGAAAACGAACAUGUAAGAUUAAGGUUUUUGAUUUUUCUUUAGAGAUUUAUCUUUAUUUAGAGUAGAUUUAUCUUUAUUUAGAGUUUUGAUUCUCAUACAGUAUGAACGCUGGUUCCAUUCAUCCAUAACUGAACCUAUUUCUAUUCAACAAAUUCUCUCUUGACUCUGUGUGCCUCUUUCUCUUUAUCAUCUGAGUUCCCUUUACUUCCUCCUUCUCUGUUACCUCUUCCUCUUUCUCACAAUUUUUUUUUCAUAUAUAUAUUUGUGCUUUUAUGUUUGGAUAGUUAAGUACUUAAACCAUGUUGAACACUGAAUAGAGAUUGGUGUAAGGCUGUAAUAUUGGAUGUAUUACUAACAUAAAUAAAGUGUUGUUUGGAUAUUCCACAUUGUUCCUCAUUGGCAUGACUAAUGAUAUGUUUGUAUAUUUCUGAUGGGAUUCUGUUCUUUUUACUGUAUGUUUACCAAAUAUGAACUUAUUUUUGAUGCCGCUGAAUUUGAUAUUUUUCUUACGGGGUCAAAUAUAAUUUCCUUCAACAUGCCAUUUAUGCUUUAAUGAGUUAAAAUCUUUUCUUUUUUUAUAGCUGAUUUUUCUCUCUAGCUCUAUAAUUUCAGGCUACUGAUGCAUAUGGUUUGUCAGUGAUACUGAUUCUGUGCCCCACAAAACAACUUUUGAAUAAAUUCUACCUUUCUUUUCUGAAUUUUUUUUUUUUAUUAUUGACCUUUGAAUUAAACCUGCUGGGGUUUUUUGUGGCAAACAUUUCAUUGCAUUGGUUUGGUGUGUAAAUACAGUUUUGUGUACAUGCGUUUCCUCUGUUCUGUACAAGGAUCUGUAUUUCAUGUUUUUACCUUGUUUCUCCAUCUUAGUAAUAAAACGAGGUGGGCUGUCAGUAAAA